AUGGCCUCGACUUUCUACCUCCGCCUAAUUUCCAUCCUCCUUUUUAUUCAGCACGCAGCUGCCAAUACCGAAAAGACAAUCUUCGUUGCGCCGCUACCAUGGGCCGUACCCGCUGAGAACGCGGCCAUCGAUGAUCUAGGUCUGGACCGUCUGUCGCCGACUGAUUUCAUGCUCAGGACGAAUCUGAAUGCAUCGUUUCCGACAGACGAGGAACCACACGGGGCGGAGUCAUGGUUUUAUCUCGAGGACCUCACGCCGGGGCAAAGAUACGAGGUGCGGAUAUGUUGGAUGGCUACACAACCAACCUCCUUUGACCUGACAACAUACACCCUCCAAGAAGUUGUCUCAUCCCGCUCCCUCCUCACAUCCCUGCUCAACUUCUCCGACGCCCUUCUCGCCAGCACAUCACUACCACCCGCCUCCCGCGACCGCUCGCCAGCCUCACCCCACGGAAAUAUCAAUCCCUCCAAAGCGCGACACCAACACAACUCCCGCAAACGCCGCAGCCGAACACCCCUCGAGCGAGAAGAGGAUCCCCUCGCACUGACGUCUCAUGCAGAAUCAGUCCUGUUCCUACGCAUAUGGGCCGCGGCCGAUUACUACACCACCAACACAACAUUAAUGCAGAAUGUGCCGCCCGUCAUGGCGGAUAUUAUUUUAGAUCCGUUUUUGUGGAAUGUGUUUCCGCGGUCGUUGGUGCCGACGGCGGUGUAUACAGUUGUUAUUGCGGUGGUUGCGUAUUUUGUCGGCGGAUACUUGGCGAAGGUAUUGAGUGAUGUUGUUAAGGCUGCUGUUCAGAAGGACGAGGCUGGAAAAGGUGAAAAUAAAAAGGGUCGGUAG